AUGGCCCAGCCAAAGAUCACGCCUCCUCCCAUGCCACCUCUUAGAGUACAUGCCCGGCCAGAGCAACGUCCUCCACCACCUUCUGAUCCCUCAUGGUGGACACCACCGGCCCAAAGACCUUUAAGACAGGUAGCAGCGCCUGAGAUGACCUACAGGGGUCCUCGCCCAAGCAUUCCCAAGCUCAUAAACCGGGAUCCUGGGGAAUUCACUCGCCUGAAGAUGGCGCUGGAGAACCUACUGCCCAUGGACAGUACAGAGCUAUUUAAAUACCAAGUCUUGUUAGAUCACUUAUACCUAGAGGAGGCUAAGUUAAUCGCUGACGCUUACCUGCAUUCCACCACACCUUUCAGUGACACCAUGGCUGCUCUCAAUGAUAAGCUUGGCCAACCACACCAGCUUGCCCUGAGAAGGAUCGCAGCUGUGAUGGACUCACCUGACAUUCGCAGAGGAGACGUGGUUGCGUUUGAGAGAUUUUCCCUCCAAAUCCAGUCACUCGUGGGCAUGUUGAAGACCUUAGGUCCGGACGGUGAAGUUGAACUCCAGUGUGGCUCCCAUGUGGCACGGCUCCUGAGCAAGCUCCCUCCAGAGCAGAGAGCUGACUUUCGCCGGUGCAUGUACAAUCGCUCCGGUCAGACUUACACCCUCAAUGACCUGGCUAUGUGGUUGAAAUACGAGUCAUGGUGUCGGGAUUUUGAUGGCCUACCCACUCCCAAGAAUACUACAGAGAGGCCUGACACAAAACCAAGUAAGCGCCCUACCACAGUAUUUCACACCACAGACAAUGCACCCCAUUCCACUGACAACAACCUUAACCAACCCAAGCAGCAACCGUACUGCGCCUUCUGCAAGAAUCGUGCUCACCACCUGAGUCAAUUCCCUGAAAUCAUCAAGCUAAGCCAAGAGCAACUGACUGACUGGAUAAAGACCAACAGGAGAUGCUGGCGCUGCGCCCGAGCACAUCAGGCCGCUCAGUGUACCCUCAAGAAACCCUGUAACCUCUGCCAGAGCCGACAUCUACAGGUCCUUCAUCAAGUAAACACUGCCCCAAAGACGCCUGCCCCUGAUAACGUCCCUGCUCUAGAGGCUGGGAAUACAACUGGUGUCCUGUACCUCGACCGUGCUACAGAGAGCGGCCGCGUCUUGUUGAAGGUAGUUCCCGUCACCCUCCACCAUAAUGUGGAGGACAUAGAGAGCCUGGAGGCCUACAUAGACUCCUACUACGACAGACAGCAACAAGACAUCAACAUGGACACCCCAAAAUCAGAGAAUCCCACCCCACACCCUGCGAAAAAGAGGAAAACGGACUCCUCCACAGACACAGACGACCUUCUCACGGAUGGAGAGAGAUGCACUCUGGAGGUCGGGGGGGGGGUCACGCCUGGCUUAGUACUCAACUACACCCACGAGUAA